AUGGAACGUUUUUUAAUCACAUCAGGUAAUUCAAAAUCAACUGCUGUUUCAACUGUUUCGGAACCUAAUGACCCUGGAUCAAGUGCGCGUACUCCAAUAUCAGAUACAGAUAUACAGUUGAAUUCAAACAUUUUUGAUAUUAGUGUAACUUGUGAGGAUACCGCUGUACAACCUGUCAUCAGUUUUCCUCGUACUCUAAUAUCUGGGAAGCAACGUAGCUUUCAAAGCAGUUGGUACAAUAAGUAUCCAUGGUUGGAAUACUCAAUUAAGAUGAAUGCCGUAUUUUGUUAUUAUUGUCGUCAUUUUCCUUCUUAUUCGCAAAUUGAAAAAGAUGUUCUAAUUACUGGUGGAUAUUCUGAUUGGAAAAAUAUAAGUAACAUGACUAAAAAACAUGAUAAUACUACUUCACAUAAAAAUGCAAUUGCUAAAUAUGGCGCAUGGCUAUCAACCAAAAAAAAUGGAUCAGUUUCGACUCAAAUAAAUAAACAAGUCAAGGAGCAAGUUAUAAAAAAUCGAGCUAUUUUAACAAGUGUAAUAAGGUGUGUUUUAUAYUGUGCACGGCAAGAUAUUGGACUACGAGAACAUUUAAGAGAAAGAAAAGAAGAAUUCAAUAGUGAAAAUUAUGAUGCAAGUUUGUGUUCACGUCAUGACGUAAAUGAAGUAAAUGAAGUUCAUAUUGGGAGCCAGAUAUUUAGUUUAAUUGUAGAUGAGGCUAGAGAUCAGUCAAAAAUUGAACAAAUGAGUAUUUGUAUUAGAUAUUUGUACGAUUUAAAAAUUAAAGAAAGAUUUUUAGGUUUUGUCGAAUUGAAAGAUUUAAAUGCUCAAGCACUUCAAUCAUAUGAUGGUGCGUCAGUAAUGUCCGGAGCUUUUUCUAGUGUUCAAACAAAAAUAAGGGAAUUAGCACAAAAUCCAUGUCCGUAUAUUCAUUGUCRUGCUCAUAGGUUAAACCUAGUUCUAGUUGAUGUAACGAAAAAUAUUCAAGAAGUAGAUGAAAUACUUGGUUUAUUAGAAGCUAUUUAUGCAUUCCAAUCGGUAUCUACAAUUCACCAUCAUGCUUUUUUACAUGAAACUAAGUAUAAAGUACCACAACAUUGUGAAAUAAGGUGGGUUUCAAAACACAAGGGUAUUACAUUUUUUAAAAAUCAUUUUACUGAUAUUUUAAAAGUUCUUAAUGCAUUUAGAGAAAGUACUAAACAACAAGAAGCUGCAGAGGCAAAGGGGUUGGCCAUACAGUUUGCUAAGAUAUUGAAUUUGGAAUAUAAUACUAGGUUUAAAGAACAAACACAUUAUAAAUUUAGUUAG